GUUACACCCCCCCCUUUUUAUCUGACAUCCACGGGACCGUCUGCCAGCAGCGUGCUGCGCGUUUUGGUCAUUUUUGGACACUUCCUGCUUUUGAGGCUCUUAGCUGCAGCGUGCAUGUCCCGUUCACUAAGUCCGGGUUCACAGGCUGGACUGCUGCUGUGUCGCAGCACAUAUUUGUAUGUAUUUAGGACUAGAGCCGCUGUUGGGAAUGCGCUAUCGUACACGGCUUUUAUAGCAGCAGCCUUUUUACCUAUCGUUUCAUAUUGUUUUUAAGGAGGGAGGAAAAGAGGCGUAGCGUUGCGCUUUAAGGGGAAGCCAGAGGAGGACAGACAAACAGGAUUCAAACAGGUGUCCGGUUGUCUCCCAUCAGCCCGAGCCACGGAGGAGGAAGAGACAGAGAGGCGGUAGAGAGGAGGGAAACGGGAUAAACUGGGUAUUCAUCAAGAAAUAGCGCUGUCAGUGUGCAAAUCAAUCCGCUAAUUUCAGGUUUUUCCGUUCACCACGCGCUCCCUCGGCUCUGAUGGUGAUGGUGACCCGGCAGCCCAAACCGGCACAAACCCGUCCGCUCGCACCGAGAUAAACAGGUGAGGACUGCAGCCGUGCAUCUUCUUUUCUCUCGACCCCUCCGUCUCAGAGGAGGAGGAAGAGGAGGUGAUAGAAGGAAGGGGAGGCGUUGACCGACAUUCCCCACGGGACAGGCCGACAGACCCACGCUUCUAACAGGUGUGUCUGAGGAGGGCUUCCACAAUCUGCACCGCCCGUCCGUCAGUCCGGCCGGUCUCCCUCCCCCGGUCUCCUCUUCUUGUCUCAUUGUUCCUGCAACAAAAAAACAUCAUUACAUCCACAUCAGGGGCUGCUCUGGACUUACAUUUGGUGGCUUUGGCAUCCCAGUGAGCGCUUAUUCGUGUCUCCUCUCGGUCUCUCCGCAGCUCUCCAUUGGUGCGUAAUAGCAGCGAGGAGGAAGGAGGAUCCAAACGGCUCGUUUUCAGACGUUAAUUUAAAAAAACCAAAAAAACGGGACUUUUUGUUGUGGCUUCGUUUAUUUCUUGAGGAUUUUAGGUUUUUUUUCUUUUUAAAGGACUGAUCUUUAAAGGCUGAGGAAGAGGGAGGGGAUUUAAAGGUUUGGUUUGAUUUCUUUUCACCAGAUUUGGUUGCAGGUUUGGACGGAUUUCAGCCCCCCUUUUUGGUAGAAAGCCGUUUGGUCCGGCGCUUUCAGGCGCUUUUUAGCGUUUCCCAGCCGGCUUUUAACGGACAGCAAAGUGGGGGUCUUUUCUAAGGGGGGGACUCUUCUCUUGUUAGAAAACAAAGUGUACCUCGUUUUAUCAUGACAACGAGAAAAGCCAACAGCGGGACGGACACGGUGACUACCUCCUCCACCGCCAACCACCACCAGCAGCACCAGAACCAGCCGAGGAGCCGGAGUCCCAGCGGCUUCAGCAGCGGGGUUCCGGCGUCCGAGGCGGCGGGCGGAGGGGUGGAGAUGUUCGGGGAAUUUCAGGACUGGUGCCUGCGGACGUACGGGGACUCCGGCAAGACCAAGACCGUGACCCGGCGUAAAUACAACAAGAUCCUCCAGACCCUCCUCCAGGGGGACGAGGAGAACAGCAACGGCGUGUUCCUGCACGAGAAAGGCAACAACCACAUCAACGCCAAAUUUAAAUUCUGGGUCAAGUCCAAAGGCUUCCAGGUCGGGACGCUGCAGGACUCCAAGAACGGGUCCUCGGACAGACCGGUGCUGUACGUCCCCAUCAAGGCGACGUGUGUGGACAGCGUAUCAGGGGCGGACUCUUCCCUGAAGCGCGUCGCGGUGGUGGAGGAUUUCUUCGACAUCAUCUAUGCCAUGCACGUGGAGAUCAGCACCGACCCCGGCAAAGCCCCGAAACACGCCGGCCAGAAGAAGACCUACAAAGCUAUAGCGGAGACGUACGCUUUCCUGCCCAGAGAGGCGGUGACUCGUUUCCUGAUGAGCUGUGGAGAGUGUCAGAAGAGGAUGCACAUCAGCACCACAGGACAGGACUGCAAAGAGAACGACAGGCCAAGCUCUCUGGUGUUGGAGGUGAUAGACUACAACAUGCCUCUCACCACCACCUACAUGAAACAGAUGAAGCUGCAGUGUAUGAGCAACAACAAGGAUGACAGUUCACUGAGCAGCGAGGAGGAGGCAGAGAUGAGCGAGCCCACAUGGCUAGCAGCUGAUCUGGGAGCAGCGUCUGACCUGAGCCCGCCAAGCCGAGGAGAAAGGAUGCGCCACAGUCCCCAGAACGCACACAGCAAGGAGGAUGACGGUAAGGACGGGAAUCUGAUCUGCUCUUGCCGCUGUUGA